CUUUUUUCUAGUAUUACUUUUUCCAGCCAGGAUCUGAGUGGCUCCCCUCCUCCAAGGAAACAAAUGAUUAGGUGUUAUCAAAUAAGGAAGUGGUUCGGUGAAUGUAGGAAAAAUGCUCAAAAUUGACUUAGAAAGUAUUUAGACCUGGUUUAAAAUUAGGAAUGUUGAUGAAAAGACACUAAACUCCGGGAUUUGUUUAUUUAAAACGCACGCAUAUGGAUGGGUAAAUAAUGUCCUUUUUGGCUCCGAAGACGAAGAAGAACUUGGAAAAGUCAGUCUCUCAGUAGUAAAAUAAAAAAGAGGGGUAUCAUAGUAAAUUCGCAAGUAGUACCAGUCAGCCGCGUUUGACAAUUUCUUACUUUUUGUUGGGGCAUUUUUGCAUUCUUCGUCGUCGUCGUCGUCGGUCCACGAAUAAACAAAACAAAACCAAUCGAUCCAGUCAAUUUAGUUUUAGUUGAUGAUACAAGAAGAAGAAGAAGAUUUUAUCAUUGCUUCCAUUUUAUUUUUUGCUUUGACCUAAUUAUAGAUUCAAUUUAGGGGUAUCUGAAUCUGGAUCGAUUAGCCAUUGAUCUGAGAUCUGGACGAUGGCGGACAUCGUGAAGCAAAUCCUAGCCAAACCGAUUCAACUCUCUGACCAAGUGGUCAAAGCCGCUGAUGAGGCUAGUUCCUUCAAGCAGGAGUGCGCCGAACUCAAGGCCAAGACAGAGAAGCUCGCUGCUCUUCUUCGUCAGGCUGCUCGCGCCAGCAACGACCUUUACGAGCGUCCCACUCGCCGCAUCAUCGAUGACACCGAGCAGAUGCUUGACAAGGCUCUCUCCCUUGUCCUCAAGUGCCGUGCCAAUGGUCUCAUGAAGCGCGUCUUCACCAUCAUCCCCGCCGCCGCCUUCCGUAAGAUGUCCGCUCAGUUGGAGAACUCCCUCGGCGACGUUUCCUGGCUCCUCCGUGUCUCUGCUCCCGCCGAAGAUCGCGGCGACGCUGGCUACCUUGGUCUUCCCCCUAUCGCCGCCAACGAGCCCAUCCUUUGCCUCAUCUGGGAGCAGAUCGCUAUUCUCUACACCGGCUCCCUUGAAGACCGCUCCGAUGCCGCCGCCUCCCUCGUUUCCCUCGCCCGUGAUAACGAUCGCUACACCAAGCUUAUCAUCGAAGAAGGAGGCGUCGUCCCUCUCCUUAAGCUGCUCAAGGAAGGUAAGCCCGAAGGCCAAGAGAACGCCGCUCGUGCGUUGGGCCUGCUGGGCCGUGAUCCCGAGAGCGUGGAGCACAUGAUUCACGGCGGCGCUUGUUCCGUCUUCGGCAAAGUCCUCAAAGAAGCGCCGAUGAAGGUCCAGGCCAUGGUCGCGUGGGCUACCUCAGAGCUCGUCUCCAAUCACCCCAAGUGCCAAGACGUCUUCGCUCAGCACAACGCCAUUCGGCUACUCGUCGGCCACUUGGCCUUCGAAACGGUUCAAGAGCACAGCAAGUACGCCAUUGCCACCAACAACAAAGCCACCUCCAUUCACCAUGCCGUCGCUCUCGCCAAGGAAAACCCUAACUCCACCUCUGCCGCACCCUCGUCCAAGGGUCCUGAUGACGAUCAGAGCUCGAUUCCGCAUCCUACGGGGAAGCAAAUGCCCAAUCAGAUGCACAAUGUGGUUGUCAACACCAUGGCGGUUAGGGCAAAUCCUCCUAGGAAGUCAACGAGCAACGGUGUUGUGAGCCAGAGUAAUGGUGUUAAGCUACCCUGCAGUCUCCAGCAGCACCAGAAUUCAACUUCGAGCGCAUCAAAGACUCGAGAGCUGGAAGACGCAGCGACCAAGUGUCAGCUUAAGGCAAUGGCGGCAAGAGCGCUGUGGAAGCUGGCCAAAGGCAAUUCCACCAUCUGCAAAAGCAUCACUGAGUCGAGAGCUCUCCUCUGCUUCGCUGUUCUGAUUGAUAAGGGCAACGAGGAGGUCAGAUACAACUCAGCUAUGGCGUUGAUGGAGAUCACGGCCGUUGCAGAGCAGGAUGCUGAUUUGAGACGCUCCGCAUUCAAACCCAAUUCCCCGGCCUGCAAGGCUGUGGUUGAUCAAGUGCUUAGAAUCAUCGAGAUAGCAGAUUCUGAGCUACUCAUCCCCUGCAUCAGAACCAUUGGGAACCUUGCUAGAACAUUCAGAGCAACUGAGACGCGGAUGAUCGGGCCUCUGGUGAAGCUUCUUGAUGAAAGAGAGCCCGAAGUGACAGGGGAAGCAGCUGUUGCCCUCACGAAAUUCGCCUGCACGGAGAACUACUUGCACAAAGAUCACUCGAGGGGUAUUAUAGAAGCUGGAGGUGGAAAACAUCUGGUUCAGUUGGCCUACUUUGGAGAGAGUGGUGUUCAGAUUCCAGCGUUAGAGCUCCUCUGUUACAUAGCACUCAAUGUUCCAGACAGCGAGCAGCUGGCAAAGGACGAGGUUCUGGCAGUGUUGGAGUGGGCAUCGAAGCAGUCUUGGGUUACACAGCUGGAGAGCUUAGAAGCUCUGUUGCUGGAGGCUAAGAGCAGACUGGACCUUUACCAGUCGAAAGGAUCCAGGGGUUUCAAUUUCAAUUGAUUCAUUGUCUUCGAUUUUUGAUGCAGCGAAUGCAGAAUACGAUGUUGUUUAAUUCACUCUUACCCAUUGUAAAUCAAGAACAAAAAGGCUUUGAGCUUUUUGUAGUUGAUCUCUCUCUCUCUCUCUA